CCAUUUUUCAGGAUUUGUUACUUUGAAACUGAGUAAUUUGUGCUACUGUUAGUCAAUAAAUGGCAACUUUGUUGGAGCAAUGGGUAAACGAUGAAUUAUACAAGGUGGUGGGUUGCAGUGACCGUACUGCUGUGCAGUAUAUCUUAGCACUGACACGAAAAUCAACGGAUGCUGAAGAUUUGUUAGAACGAUUACGAAGUACGGAUACAAUGGAUGAUACACCAGCUGUAAGGAAAUUUGUUAAUGAGUUGAUUGCACGCGUACCACAUGCAGUUGCCAAAGUAGAAAAAGUAAUACAACCAUCAGCAGCUGAAUUGCGCGCAAAGGAAAUCAUGCGUCUAAAUCGAGGUUUAAAGAUAAUAGAAUCUGAUGAUGAAGAUGUACCAUCUAGGAAGCGCAAAGAAAGUAAGGAAGCCAAAAGCAAACUUUCGGUGAAAGAAAGCGCAAGCGAUGAGAUGGAUCGGAUAAACGCUGAGGAGGAGCAAGAUUUGCGAGAGCGUGAUGAACUGGCGGCGAGAAUAAGACAACGAGACAGAGAAAAAACUCGAAAUAUAGUUACAAAGUCGGAAAAAAAGGCUGAGGAAGAAGCUGCGAAAAGGCUAAAGUUGGAAACAAAAGAUCGUGGUAAGAUUGUUUCACAACUGCGUGAAGAAAGCCGGAAGCAGUAUUUAUCGAAGAGGAAGGAUGAUAAGCUUGAUGAACUUGAAAAAAUUGUUGAGGAUGAUGAACACUUUUUCGCGAAUGAGCGCUUAACAGAACGAGAGAAAUCAGAUAUGAAAUAUCGAAAAGAUAUAUUAGAAUAUGCACGACAACAUGAACGUGCAGCAGAUUUUCUCAAAAUUAAGCGUUAUCAUGUACCGGAUGCUAAAGUGAAAUCAAUUCCAAUGGAUAGUUUGGAAGAUUCGGAUGAAAUUCCAAAGGGUGAUGGGAAACGUUGGGAAGAUGAUCGUUUAGCGGCAGCUAUCGCUAAGUAUGGUGCCAAAGAUAAGAAACGGGACGAAUUUGAAAUGGUAUUGGAUGAUGAGAAAAUUGAUUUCAUUCAAGCUUUUCAAAUGCCAGGAACAUCGGACACUGAGGAAAAGACGUUUUCGGCUGCCCAGAAAAAGAAAAUUACGUUAGCUGAGAUACGGAAGUCGCUGCCAGUUUAUGCAUAUCGAGAUGAGUUCAUACAAGCAGUUCACGAUCAUCAGGUGCUUAUCAUCGAAGGUGAAACGGGUUCUGGAAAAACCACACAACUUCCGCAGUAUUUGUAUGAAGCGGGGUUCUGUGCCAACAAAAUGAAAGUUGGCUGUACUCAACCUCGUCGGGUGGCAGCGAUGAGUGUAGCUACCCGAGUAGCUGAAGAGAUGGGUGUGAAGUUGGGAAUUGAGGUUGGUUAUUCAAUACGUUUCGAAGACUGCACAUCAGAAAGGACAGUUAUCAAGUAUAUGACUGAUGGUAUGCUGCUACGGGAAUUUUUAAAUGAACCUGAUCUAGCCAGUUACAGUGUUAUUAUCAUCGAUGAAGCCCACGAACGAACGCUUCAUACGGAUGUUUUAUUUGGUUUAGUGAAGGAUAUAGCACGGUUUCGUAAAGAUCUUAAACUUCUGAUUUCUUCUGCAACCCUUGAUGUUGAAAAAUUCUCUACAUUUUUUGAUGACGCUCCGAUACUCAGGAUACCUGGCAGGCGCUUUCCAGUGGAUAUUUAUUACACAAAAGCUCCUGAAGCUGAUUAUCUUGAUGCAGCAAUGGUCUCGAUUUUGCAGAUUCACUUAACACAACCACUUCCUGGUGAUAUUCUUGUUUUCUUGACUGGACAAGACGAAAUUGAGACAUUAAUGGAAUCUUUAUUAGAGAGAACAAAGUAUUUCGGAAAGAAAAUUAAAGAGCUUAUUGUUUUGCCCAUUUAUGCGAAUCUGCCAUCCGAUUUGCAAGCCAAAAUUUUCGAACCAACUCCACCAAAUGCUCGGAAGGUGGUUUUGGCCACAAAUAUAGCCGAGACCUCGGUGACUAUUGAUGGGAUCUGUUACGUGAUCGAUCCUGGAUUCAGUAAGCAGAAUUCUUUUGAUGCUAGAAGUGGCGUCGAGCAUUUGCAUGUUGUCACCAUUUCAAAGGCCGCUGCUAAUCAGCGUGCUGGAAGAGCUGGUCGAACUGGUCCCGGAAAGUGUUUCCGUUUAUAUACAGCUUGGGCUUAUAAAAAUGAAUUGGAAGAUCAGCCUAUUCCGGAAAUCCAAAGGACAAAUUUGGGCAAUGUUGUACUGAUGUUGAAAAGCUUAGGCAUCCACGAUUUAGUUCAUUUUGACUAUUUGGAUCCACCUCCGCAGGAGACACUGGUAAUUGCGCUAGAACAAUUGUAUGCGCUUGGUGCUUUGAAUCAUCGCGGUGAAUUAACCAAAUUGGGAAGACGUAUGGCUGAAUUUCCGUGUGAUCCGUGCAUGAGUAAAAUGAUUAUCGCAUCCGAAAAAUAUGGAUGUUCUGAAGAAAUCAUCACUAUUGCUGGAAUGUUAUCAUGUAAUGCAGCAGUGUUUUAUCGGCCUAAAGCUUUGGUUAUCCACGCAGAUACUGCUCGAAAAGGCUUUUGGGUACCAGGCGGUGAUCAUCUUACUUUACUCAAUGUUUACAAUCGUUGGCGAGAUACCAACUACUCGUCGCAGUGGUGUAUGGAGAAUUUUGUUCAAUACAGGACGAUGAAAAAAGCUCGGGAUGUUCGUGAUCAGCUUGAAGGUUUAUUGGAAAGAGUUGAAAUAGACCAGGUUUCGAAUAACGAUUCGGUAGCAAUUCGAAAAACAAUCACCGCAGGAUAUUUCUACAAUUGUGCCAAACUCGAUAGCAGCGGGCAUUACAAAACUGUUAAGCAUAAACAUACGGUGCAUAUUCAUCCAAAUUCCUCUUUAUUCGAAGAAACUCCACGAUGGAUGAUUUAUUUCGAGCUUGUUUUCACAUCUAAAGAGUUCAUGCGUGAGGUCAUCGAGAUCGAAAGCAGUUGGUUAACGGAAGUCGCACCGCACUAUUACAGAGCUAAAGAAUUGGAAGAUUUAACUAAUCGAAAAAUGCCAAAACAGAAAGGAAAAGCAGCGAUUGAAUUGUCAUCAUUGUGAUCUUAAGGAGGUUUUUUGCUCAUAUUUUAAACACACUGAAAUUCUCUAUAUCAUUUUCCAACCUCACUGCGAGUAGAUAACGAGAUACGGGUAAUUUUAAAAUGUCUUUAAUUAUAAUAUCAAGUAAAAACUGAUUGCGACAUGGAGCGGGAUUUGGAUGCAAAUUUUCAACAAGGGCCGC